AGAUGUAUAUGAGCGCACGCGGCGGGAUCUCUUUCCCUUUUAGCGCCAUCAGAGCGGGAGCCUCGCGCUGUUCACUGCGCAGUAGCACCGCCGCCUCACGCACAGACACGCAUCGUAUCUCGGAAAUAACACAGUGAAACAGCAUGGCAGAUCCUGACAAUAAAGAGCAGACUGAAAUGGACCCGGCUGAUAUGGAGGAUGUUGAAGAAGUGGAGGAGGAGGACACUGCUGAGGACAACAGUAAAGCGCGUCAGCUGACCAUGCAGAUGAUGCAGAAUCCUCAGAUUCUUGCGGCACUGCAGGAGAGGUUGGAUGGGCUUGUGGGGUCUCCCUCAGGGUAUAUGGAGAGUUUACCAAAGGUGGUGAAGAGACGCGUCAAUGCCCUCAAGAACCUGCAGGUCAAAUGUGCCCACAUUGAAGCCAAGUUUUACGAAGAAGUUCAUGAACUGGAACGCAAAUACGCUGCUCUGUACCAGCCUCUUUUUGACAAGCGGAGUGAAAUCGUGAGAGCAGCAUAUGAACCCACAGAUGAGGAGUGCGAGUGGAAACAAGAUGAAGAGGAAGAGUUGACAGUAAGUAAGCAGGAGGAAAUGAAGGAGAAAGCUAAAGUGGAAGAGGAGAAGAAAGAUGAGGAGAAAGAAGACCCUAAAGGAAUCCCAGAAUUCUGGCUCACAGUUUUUAAGAAUGUGGAUCUUCUCAGUGAAAUGUUGCAGGAACAUGAUGAACCAAUCCUCAAGCACUUACAAGAUAUUAAAGUCAAAUUCUCUGACGCAGGCCAGCCAAUGAGCUUCACAUUAGAAUUUCACUUUGAACCCAACGAUUUCUUCACAAACACAAUCCUGACAAAAACCUACAAAAUGAGGUCUGAACCGGACGAGUCUGAUCCAUUCUCUUUUGACGGACCAGAGAUCAUGGGCUGCACAGGGUGUACAAUCGACUGGAGUAAGGGAAAAAACGUCACAUUGAAAACCAUCAAAAAGAAGCAGAAACAUAAGGGGCGUGGCACAGUGAGGACGGUCACAAAGACGGUCCCCAACGAUUCCUUCUUUAAUUUCUUCUCUCCACCUGAAGUUCCAGAAAGCGGUGACCUGGAUGAGGACUCUGAAGCAGUGUUAGCAGCAGACUUUGAGAUCGGACACUUCAUCCGUGAGCGUAUCGUGCCCAGGGCGGUGCUCUAUUUCACUGGGGAGGCCAUUGAAGAUGAUGAUGAUGAUUAUGAUGAAGAGGGAGAGGAAGCAGAUGAUGAGGAGGGGGAAGAGGAGGCAGAUGAAGAAAAUGAUCCAGACUAUGAACCCAAGGUGUAAAUGACGUCUGUAGUAACCCUUUUCUGAAGGAUGCCAACCCCCCAGAAGAGUGCAAACAGCAGUGAUGGCGCGCCCACUUCUGUCAGGAUCCUCUACACUGUAACGGCUUCAAACAAACAUAGUUACUUACCGCCUUACAAUGUUUUGUAUUUUUCUUGGUAGAAAUAAUUGAAAAAAAUAUUAAAUUUAAGGAUUUCAAAAUUUUUGUUACAAAGAAACAACUCUUAUUGGGAGCCGCGGCUCAUGGCGCAUAGUAUUUUACUAGACCGGUUUCUUUUUCUUUUCACUGUAUAAAUAGUUAGUAUGCAGAAUAUCCCUCACAGCAUGACACUUGUUUCUUCACUGCUAAACUAGUCGGGUUCUUGUGAAGUCUAUUGUAUUGCUCUUAGACAACAGCUGUGGUAAGACUGUCCGGAGGUGACGUUUGCGUAACGUGAGUGAUCGUGGUUCCUUUACGCUCUGAGCAACCAAAGCAGCGACGUCUCGGGUAUCGUAUAGACCGGCGUCUCAGCAGGGCGGCACAAAGGUGCUUUUCUUUGUUCAAAUCCAUAACUGUCCCCCAAUAUAGCACUGAAUGUUCGUAAUUUGGUCCAACUUGAGUCUCAUUCAAUACAUUCCACAGAUUCCUUCAGAAAAACAGUUUUUCAAUUCUGCGUCGGUCUAUAUUAGAGCGAAUAAUCACCAUCGGUCAGCUCUGUUGCAUUCAUUUCUGACAGGAAACUAAAUCGGUGCAUUCCACAUUCAUAACAGCGGUUUGUCCCUGUUGUAAUAGACGCUCUGAUGCAUGACAUCAUUUUUUAUUUUCUAUGAGCACUUUGUAUUUUCGUCAUGCAUCGGUAGCGUCCGUUCCGCACAGAUUUGAAAUUCACCAGUUUUAGCGCUUAUGAUAACCAGACUUAAAUUUCAGCACUUUUCGAACAAACCAACUUCCUGAAGUGACCCCCAAACCACCUUAUUGGAGAAUCAGGCUCGGUAUUCAAGAAUCUGAUUGGUGGAGCCGGUUACGUGUGACAUUCUGGUUGUUGGUGAGGUUGUGGCCCUGAGUGAUGUUUGUUGAGUAGUUUGCGGUGUCACGGCACCCUCUGUUUGGCAGGCCUAUCACUGUGAAGGGGUGUGUCUGAAUGAGCGUGCGUACGUGCGUGUGUGUACAUUCAGAGGCGGGUCUUCGAGUCCUUCUCUUCCCUUGUAGCCCAGUCCAGCAGGUCUGAAGCAGAAAGCAAUAUUUUCACCCAGUAAGCCCAAACCCUGCAGUAUUCCUGUGUCUUGCAGCGCAGAUCUGUGCACGUGUGUAGCGCAGACCGUCUUGUAGUUUAGUUGUCUGUCGGGCGGUUGAUUCAGCAGGGAUCUGUGCGGUCCCUCUCAGCAGCUGUUGUCAAAGCAAAAUGCCAUGCUACAAAAUACUAAUGUACUCAAUAACUGUACGUGGAUGUAUAUUCAUGAAAUAAAUUGGUAAAAUGUG